AUGGAGAAACAGAAACUCUCGCAAGAAGAAAAGAAGGAAGAGUCAAAUUACAAUAACAAAACUGUGUGGGAUUGUGGAAGCACACUUUAUGAUUCCUUCGAACUCAACUCCUUUAAACACCAACUUGACUCAGCCAUAAACAGAUCGCUCUCCAUGUCUCGUUUACCAGAACGACGAGUCACAGUUCUUCAGAAAUCAUCGUUAUCUUUGUCGUCGUCGUCGGUUACCUCAAGGAAACCGUACAAGAUCUCCCGCUCUUUUCAGAAGUUUAUUCGUUCCGUGUUCAAGUCAAACAAUGAUAAAUCCAACGUUUCUUCAAGCAGCAAUAGUUUGAAAGUGCAAGAAAAAUACUGUAAUGAGCGUUUCUACGUGGUUUAUGAUAAAUCUGGAUCGGUUCUUUCUACUAUACCAGAAGCUCCUGAAUUUGAGAUUGGUUCUCUUUCGCCGGAGAUUUCUUCUUUGGUUAAAAGGUCUGCUUCGGAGCGGUUCACGACCGCCACAAUUGGUAUUGCGUGUGCUUGA